GCAGAAUGUCGUCUGAUGUGUGGUUGGGUUGUAGCCCUGCCCUGGCCUCAGCUGCACCCCCUCUAAGGGUCUGCGGUUCAGCACUAUCCCCAACAUGAGGCUCAGCAGUCGCCAGCUUGCAGGCAGAAUGGUAGCAAGACAAGUUCAGAAACCGUCCGAGGGAAAAUGCCACCUACGCAGGCUCUCCAAGACACCUCAUCCAGCAUCACCUAGGAGUCGCAAGAAGCUCCAAGUUAUCAUUUGUGUUUUGCUUGUGGAGCUAUUCGAAAGAUUCACAUUCUUCGGCAUUGUGUGCAACAUGAUUCUCUUCUGCACCGUUAAGCUCGGCUACGACAACUACUUGGCUGCAACAGUCAACCUGUGCUUUAUAGGAGCCAGCACCCUCACUCCUGUGCUGGUAGGCUGGUUUGCUGAAACCUGUCUAGGAAGAACCAAAGUGCUUUAUCUAUGUGUUUUCCUCCAUUUCUUUGGUACGGCCAUGCUCCCUGUCGUGGCAUUUCCUUUUGAAGAUUUCUACAUUGACACGCAUCACUUGAGCCAUAAAUUGGAACCUCAUGAGCAGCAGGCCCUGUUCUACACCGGCCUCCUGGCUGCUGCGUUGGGCAUUGGCGGCAUCCGUGCUAUUCUUUGUCCAAUGGGAGCAUACAGCCUGCAAAACUACAAUCAAUACCAGCUACUGGGCUUCUUCAACUGGUUCUACUGGUUGGUUAACCUGAAUUCCGCUGUUGUGUUUCUGGGUAUUGCUUACAUCCAGCAAUCUGUGGCCAAAAAUCUGGCUUUCCUAAUCCCCUUCACCUCUGCACUGUUGGCACUCAUCGCCAUCCACAUGAUGCGCAACAAACUCACCUACAAACCCAAGAAAGGCGGAUCCCUGUUGACCACCCUUGGGGUUUUCUUAAACUCUCUCAAGAUGUGCUGCCUUCACUAUCGUCACCUUAGUGGAGAAGUGCCAUCAUGGCUGGACCGGGCCAAGGAGAACAAUGGCGGCCGAUACAGCGAGACUCAUGUAGAGAACGUCAAAGUCCUGGCCAAGCUCUUCCCUCUUUAUGGACUUCAGUUGUUCUACAGAGCCUGUAUCACUCAGAUCCCAUCAGGGUACUACAUUCAAGCCAUGAACUCAAACCUUCACCAUAAUGACGUCCUGUUGCCAAUCGGGACCAUGAAUGUGAUCAGCAUUUUACCUUUGCUGGUGUUGGCCCCACUGAUCGAGUGUGUUACAACCUUCGCUCUCUCCUUGGCAAAAACUCCACUUGCUCCUACAAGAAUAAUUACUCUUGGACAUGCGUGUGCAGCUCUGUCUGUCCUGGUAGCAGGCUUGUCUGAGAUGCACAGGAAGGCUUACCCCCUGGUGGAGCAAACCCUCUCUGGGAAGGUUCUGCAAGUAUCGUCCAUGCCGUGUUUCCAGCUGGCUGCGCAGUACAUCUUACUUGGGCUGGCUGAGGCUCUGGUCACUCCAGCAUGUUCUCUCAUAUCUUUCCAACUGACUCCGGGCCACAUCCGAGGAAUCUCCUUGCACUUCCUCACAUUGUCCUAUGGGGGAGGCUGCUUCCUCGGAGCCUUCUGCAUUCAGCUGUUCUACCUCAUGUCUGGAGGUAACUUCUACCCAAAUGUGCUGCAUGAUGGGAACCUGGAGAGAUUUUUCUUCCUGAUGGCCACGCUGAUGUCACUAAAUACUUUUGUGUACUGGAGUAUAUCUCACAGAUACAUGGACUUGAGUGCGCAGGGUAAAGCGCUGACCGUCAGCCCGCUAACUGAGAAGUUGCUACAGUACAAAGCACGCCUGCGGUACUACGACACCAUGGAUCCCACGUACACAAGCAACUCCUAUGAAUCGAUCUUAUGACUCACUUGAAAUGUUUGUGGCGCUGGCGCUGCUUCUGACGGAGUCUAAUUGAAUAAUAUACUUUUUGUUUGCUUUUCGUGGUGAGUUCUUAGAAACUCUGAAUGUAUUUAGCCACGUGGGCUGCAAGUGCAACAUUGAGGUUUUUUGUAUCUUGAAAUGUAGUAAUACUGUGAAAGAAACUGCCUGUACAGAUAAUGUAGUAUUAUAAAACACAAACUGAAUAUAUUUAGUUCAUGUAUUUGUUUAACCAAUGCACAUUUCAAACUACUGCGAAAAAAAGUUAAUGUAUCUUAUACAGCGGUAUAUCAACUUAAGAGUGUCUUGAGAUAAGAACUAUGGUAUCUAUGUUAGCUGCUUCUCUUUGUUUAUAAUGUGUAUUUUCUGCUGGAUUUACUCUCUAUUUUAUGCUGCAGCUGUUACAUAUACUGUAAUAUUGUACAUGGUAAUUGUAAUAUAUUGUAUAUAUGAUAUAAAUAUAUAUCAGUAUGUAUCCCAUACUGUACAUCCAUCCAUCUUCUUCCGCUUAGCCGAGGUCGGGUCGCGGGGGCAACAACCUAAGCAGGGAAACCCAGACUUCCCUUUCCCCAGCCACUUCGUCUAGCUCUUCCCGGGGGAUCCCGAGGCGUUCCCAGGCCAGCCGGGAGACAUAGUCUUCCCAACGUGUCCUGGGUCUUCCCCGUGGCCUCCUACCGGUUGGACGUGCCCUAAACACCUCCCUAGGGAGGCGUUCGGGUGGCAUCCUGACCAGAUGCCCGAACCACCUCAUCUGGCUCCUCUCGAUGUGAAGGAGCAGCGGCUUUACUUUGAGUUCCUCCCGUACUGUACAUAUAUUAUGUAAAUAUUACGUGUAUACCGUAUAUUACCAAAUAGUAGCCUAGGCGUUUAUUUCACAAUAUCGUUUUUGGAGACGGGCGUUUAAAAGAAGCAGGCAGUUUUUUGCACAAGGCUUUUAUUUAUUUUUGCACCAGCCGGCACCAGGCCUCUAUUUGGUUACAAUGGUUACUGUCCAGUUGUUCUCCCCCCGAGGGUAAAGUUGUUCCGACGCAGGAAUCAAUUAAGCCAGCCACUCGUUGCACCAAACACCCGCCCGGUGUCUCUCGUGUUACUCGCGGUGGCAUACAACUCCUUGGCCAUAAUGCAGAUCAUUUUGCGGGACACACGGUGGUUCAGUCCAUGAACGUGAUGUAUUCACUGACACAAAUUGGCAUCAAGCUCGUCGCUCACUUUCUUCCCACCUCCACUAGAUAAGCGAGCCCGUUUUCCAUCGAUUGCCAACUGAGAUAGUAGUCCUCCCUUUUUUGUUUCCAUUCUCGUACACGUUUUGGGUCAACGUUAAACUGCCUGACCGCUACCAAACCAGAAUUCUGCUCCGUAUACUUCACAACCGCUAGCUUGAACUUUAAGUCAAACUUUCUGUUCUUCAUCCCUCUUAAAGUAUUCCAUCAGUUGUGGUGUACCGGUAUCCUGUUCAUUCAACUCACUGCUACUGUUGCUUGCCAUGUUGAAACGUUUCCUCGUGGGUUUGUUGUUGUCGCUGAGUGUGUGUUACGCUAUAUGCGGUGACCCAUUGCAAUAUGUUGAUUACCCAGAAUCCCCACGUAACGUAAGCCAUCACAGCACAGAUUUUGUUUUGCCUUUGAUUGUCAUGUAACUCUCUGGACUCCACGCGUCUGCUGUUAGCGUAAUUACCAGAAUUACUGCACUUUUGCUUUUCAUUUUAGCUUAUAAAUUGGGCUUAAUGAAUUCAGUAUGACUUUAAUCUAAAUUAUGCAAAUAACAGCCCACGGGCGGCUAUUUGGUUACUGUCCAGUUGUUCUCCCCCCGAGGGUAAAGUUGUUCCGACGCAGGAAUCGAUCAAGCCAGCCACUCGUUGCACCAAACACCCGCCCGGUGUCUCUCGUGUCACUAGCGGUGGCAUACAACUCCUUGGCCUUAAUGCAGAUCAUUUUGCGGGACGCACGGUGGUUCAGUCCAUGAACGUGAUGUAUUCACUGACACAAAUUAGCAUUAAGCUCGUCGCUCACUUUCUUCCCACCUCCACUAGAUAAGCGAGCCCGUUUUCCAUCGAUUGCCAACUGAGAUAGUAGUCCUCCCUUUUUUGUUUCCAUUCUCGUACACGUUUUGGGUCAACGUUAAACUGCCUGGCCGCUACCAAACCAGAAUUCUGCUCCGUAUACUUCACAACCGCUAGCUUGAACUUUAAGUCAAACUUUCUGUUCUUCAUCCCUCUUAAAGUAUUCCAUCAGUUGUGUUCAUUCAACUCACUGCUACUGUUGCUUGCCAAGUUGAAACGUUUCCUCGUGGGUUUGUUGUUGUCGUUGAGUGUGUGUCACGCUAUAUGCGGUGACCCAUUGCAAUAUGUUGAUUACCCAGAAUCCCCACGUAACGUAAGCCAUCACGGCAUAGAUUUUGUUUUGCCUUUGAUUGUCAUGUAACUCUCUGGACUCCACGCGUCUGCUGUUACCGUAAUUACCAGAAUUACUGCACUUUUGCUUUUCAUUUUAGCUUAUAAAUUGGGCUUAAUGAAUUCAGUAUGACUUUAAUCUAAAUUAUGCAAAUAACAGCCCACGCGCGGCUAUUUGGUUACUGUCCAGUUGUUCUCCCCCCGAGGAUAAAGUUGUUCCGACGCAGGAAUCAAUUAAGCCAGCCACUCGUUGCACCAAACACCCGCCCGGUGUCUCUCGUGUCACUAGCGGUGGCAUACAACUCCUUGGCCUUAAUGCAGAUCAUUUUGCGGGACACACGGUGGUUCAGUCCAUGAACGUGAUGUAUUCACUGACACAAAUCAGCAUCAAGCUCGUCGCUCACUUUCUUCCCACCUCCACCAGAUAACGAGCCCGUUUUCCAUCGAUUGCCAACUGAGAUAGUAGUCCUCCCUUUUUUGUUUCCAUUCUCGUACACGUUUUGGGUCAACGUUAAACUGCCUGGCCGCUACCAAACCAGAAUUCUGCUCCGUAUACUUCACAACCGCUAGCUUGAACUUUAAGUCAAACUUUCUGUUCUUCAUCCCUCUUAAAGUAUUCCAUCAGUUGUGUUCAUUCAACUCACUGCUACUGUUGCUUGCCAAGUUGAAACGUUUCCUCGUGGGUUUGUUGUUGUCGUUGAGUGUGUGUCACGCUAUAUGCGGUGACCCAUUGCAAUAUGUUGAUUACCCAGAAUCCCCACGUAACGUAAGCCAUCACGGCAUAGAUUUUGUUUUGCCUUUGAUUGUCAUGUAACUCUCUGGACUCCACGCGUCUGCUGUUACCGUAAUUACCAGAAUUACUGCACUUUUGCUUUUCAUUUUAGCUUAUAAAUUGGGCUUAAUGAAUUCAGUAUGACUUUAAUCUAAAUUAUGCAAAUAACAGCCCACGCGCGGCUAUUUGGUUACUGUCCAGUUGUUCUCCCCCCGAGGAUAAAGUUGUUCCGACGCAGGAAUCAAUUAAGCCAGCCACUCGUUGCACCAAACACCCGCCCGGUGUCUCUCGUGUCACUAGCGGUGGCAUACAACUCCUUGGCCUUAAUGCAGAUCAUUUUGCGGGACACACGGUGGUUCAGUCCAUGAACGUGAUGUAUUCACUGACACAAAUCAGCAUCAAGCUCGUCGCUCACUUUCUUCCCACCUCCACCAGAUAACGAGCCCGUUUUCCAUCGAUUGCCAACUGAGAUAGUAGUCCUCCCUUUUUUGUUUCCAUUCUCGUACACGUUUUGGGUCAACGUUAAACUGCCUGGCCGCUACCAAACCAGAAUUCUGCUCCGUAUACUUCACAACCGCUAGCUUGAACUUUAAGUCAAACUUUCUGUUCUUCAUCCCUCUUAAAGUAUUCCAUCAGUUGUGUUCAUUCAACUCACUGCUACUGUUGCUUGCCAAGUUGAAACGUUUCCUCGUGGGUUUGUUGUUGUCGUUGAGUGUGUGUCACGCUAUAUGCGGUGACCCAUUGCAAUAUGUUGAUUACCCAGAAUCCCCACGUAACGUAAGCCAUCACGGCAUAGAUUUUGUUUUGCCUUUGAUUGUCAUGUAACUCUCUGGACUCCACGCGUCUGCUGUUACCGUAAUUACCAGAAUUACUGCACUUUUGCUUUUCAUUUUAGCUUAUAAAUUGGGCUUAAUGAAUUCAGUAUGACUUUAAUCUAAAUUAUGCAAAUAACAGCCCACGCGCGGCUAUUUGGUUACUGUCCAGUUGUUCUCCCCCCGAGGAUAAAGUUGUUCCGACGCAGGAAUCAAUUAAGCCAGCCACUCGUUGCACCAAACACCCGCCCGGUGUCUCUCGUGUCACUAGCGGUGGCAUACAACUCCUUGGCCUUAAUGCAGAUCAUUUUGCGGGACACACGGUGGUUCAGUCCAUGAACGUGAUGUAUUCACUGACACAAAUCAGCAUCAAGCUCGUCGCUCACUUUCUUCCCACCUCCACCAGAUAACGAGCCCGUUUUCCAUCGAUUGCCAACUGAGAUAGUAGUCCUCCCUUUUUUGUUUCCAUUCUCGUACACGUUUUGGGUCAACGUUAAACUGCCUGACCGCUACCAAACCAGAAUUCUGCUCCGUAUACUUCACAACCGCUAGCUUGAACUUUAAGUCAAACUUUCUGUUCUUCAUCCCUCUUAAAGUAUUCCAUCAGUUGUGUUCAUUCAACUCACUGCUACUGUUGCUUGCCAUGUUGAAACGUUUCCUCGUGGGUUUGUUGUUGUCGCUGAGUGUGUGUUACGCUAUAUGCGGUGACCCAUUGCAAUAUGUUGAUUACCCAGAAUCCCCACGUAACGUAAGCCAUCACGGCAUAGAUUUUGUUUUGCCUUUGAUUGUCAUGUAACUCUCUGGACUCCACGCGUCUGCUGUUACCGUAAUUACCAGAAUUACUGCACCUUUGCUUUUCAUUUUAGCUUAUAAAUUGGGCUUAAUGAAUUCAGUAUGACUUUAAUCUAAAUUAUGCAAAUAACAGUCCACGGGCGGCUAUUUGGACAUGGGUGGUUAUUUGCCCAAGGGCGUUUAUUUGGUACUAUACGGUAUGUUAUAUUUUAUAUUCCUUUUAGUCUGUUUUUAUCUUAUCAUUUGUAACUGAGCUCCUGUAUGGAACAAUUUCCCUUGUGGAUCAUUAAAGUUUGUCUAAGUCUAAGAGCUGUUUCUCGGCUAAUUUUUAUGCUUCAAGUUGCAAGCAAAAAUGUGAGUUACAAGCAUCCCCGCCAUUAUUUGACAUAGCAAAUGCCACAGAGAACCCCGUAAGGCAGGGGUGCCCACACUUUUUCUGCAGGCGAGUUACUUUUCCAUUGACUAAGUCGAGGGGAUCUACCUCACACAUAUAUAAAAUUUACAUUUAUUUAUUCAUGAAAGAGACAUUUUUGCUAACAAAU